CACCGUUCUGCACUUCUGAUGAGGAUCAAUUUCUUGUUUCGUAAUGUCUUUAGUCUUUGCAGAACAGGUACUUUGGGAUUUGGCGAAUAAACACUUGCAUUUGCAUGCAGCACAUCUUGCGUACCCAUCGAUUCCAGUAUGAUCACAGUUGUCGUAUACUUAGAUCUUAGUAAAGCCUUUGACACUGUAAGCCACCGACUGUUAAUAUCAAAAGUCCAGUCCUAUGGGAUACAGGGUUCAUUGUUAAGCUGGCUCAGUUCGUUUCUAAGCAACCGGAUGCAGAUGGUCAGGUUAGGUUCCCACACAUCCAACCCCGUUCGGAUAACAAGUGGAGUUAUACAAGGUAGUGUCCUAGGUCCACUGCUAUUCCUGUUAUAUUUCAAUGACAUUUGCGACGUUAUUAAACAUGGCAGACCUUUCCUAUUCGCCGAUGACAUCAAAAUAGUGUAUCACUCACUCAGAAAUGAAGUGUCAUGUGUAUUUAGUAGGAUUCAAGAUGAUAUUGAGAGCGUCCAAUUAUGGUGUAACACAUGGAAAAUGAAGUUUAACGUUGAAAAAUGUGGUGUGCUAUGCUCCAAAAGCAUUUCAUCUGAACUUUCCAUCUCCCUACACAACAAACAUAUUCCUCGUCUGCCGCUUACAACAGACUUGGGUCUGAAAUACACUCCAGAAUUUAGCCUGGCUGAAUACGUUAAAUUACAAGUAUCAAAGGUCAAAAGGCUCUUUGGAUUUUUAUUCCGAAACUUUAAGACCAGUGAAUCCAAAAUAAUGCUGUACAAGUUGUGCGUAAGGCCCUUACUUGAAUUUUGUCCCCCUAUCAUGGACAGUGUCUCCUUAAAAGACAGAUGCAAAUUAGAAAGUCUACAAAGGGCGUUUACUAAACGUCUAGUAGGUGAUAAUCUUUGCAUCUCUUACUAUGACAGAUGCAAUCUAUUCGACUUGGAACCCUUAUGGGUUAGACGACUGAAGUUCAACCUAAAAAUUACAUUUAGGAUUGCCAAAGGGCUUAUAUAUUUCCCCCACAAUGACUUUACUUUCAGUUCACCUAAGAAAUAUAACCUGAGAAAUAAAUCUUCUUCUUUUAAAGUUCCCCGCUGUCAUACAAAAUACAGAUCAAACUCUUUCACUGUGAGAUACCGUUGCAUUUGGAACCGUCUUCCAACUGAAAUUAGAGACAGUCCUACCCCAAAAACUUUCUCAUCUUUGCUGAACAAAUAUUUCAUUAACAACGGGUUAGAAGGGGUAUGUGACAAACUAAAAAUUAGAGAUCUAAUACGGCACUCCUCUGAUCCUCACUGUUAGCUCCUGAAAUCUGUAAACCCUAUGUGUGACAGUCACUUUCACUAUGAUUGCUUUCACAACCCUAGACACCUAUUCUUAAUCAGCCUUAAAUUUUAAACUUUUUUUUAAUUUCCUUCAAAUAUUUUUGCAUAUAUCCCUGAUAAUAUUGUAUUAUGAGUAUUUCAGUAUGCUAAGGUUCAAUCUCAAAUUCCAGAUGCAAAUCAACUGAAGACGACUGGUAUUAAAAUAUCUCCAGAGCCUGCCUAGUGCUAUACGUCUAGCUCUACGCAAAUUAAGGCCAAAAUGGUAGUUGUCUAAAUAUUCAAAUAAACGGUGAAUUUUCUUAUCCUAUUAUUCUAUAACUAUAAUCUUCUCUGUUCAACUUUUCUUGAACAACAUAUUAUAACUUAUCACUGGUUAUUUGCUCAAUGCUGCACGAUUACUCCCUGAUUUUCUAAACUACAUUUGUUUAUAUCUAAAAUGAAUCUUAUCUUACUAUUCUAUUACUAUAAUCCUGUAUGUUCAAAUUUUCUAGAACAACAUAUUAUAACUUACCACUGCUUAUUUCCUCAAUGCUGCACGAUUACUCCCUGAUUUUCUAAACUACAUUUGUUUAUAUCUAAAAUGAAUCUUAUCUUACUAUUCUAUUACUAUAAUCCUGUAUGUUCAAAUUUUCUAGAACAACAUAUUAUAACUUAUCACUGGUUAUUUGCUCAAUGCUGCACGAUUACUCCCUGAUUUUCUAAACUACAUUUGUUUAUAUCUAAAAUGAAUCUUAUCUUACUAUUCUAUUACUAUAAUCCUGUAUGUUCAAAUUUUCUAGAACAACAUAUUAUAACUUA